GUAAAGUUUAAGUGGCCCAAAGUGUCAGAAGAAGUAGAAACACCCCUGCACGUCGGAGAGUUUGCACAGUACUGGGACGCGGAGGAGAAAAACACGAUGGUAUUAUGAAAAAUAUUAACCAUCUCAACCCGUGACUCGAUAAAAAAAUAUACAUAUAUAUCUCCAAGUCAGAGAUAUCGCAUGGGAAUUAAUACAAAGACGCAGGAGCAGCGGCAAGUCCAGCUCAGAUAGCACGUAUAGGACAUCUAAACAGGACAAAAAGAACCUUCAACCAGCUGCCUCUGCCUCCCAGAGGCCUUUGCAAUGAUGACAKUAAAAGAAUCGACCCCUCCUCAAUAAACCAGAGGUACAGACUUCCUGCACCUGCGCUCCCUCCCUUUUGAGCACCAUCGUUUGAACAUUUCGUUCCCAAAACGACUUUCGCCUGGUGCAGACAUGCAUCUAGAGGUCAAGGUGGCCCUCAACUUCAUCGUGUCCUACCUGUACAACAAGCUGCCUCGACGUCGAGCCGACCUGUUUGGCGAGGAGCUGGAGCGGAUACUAGUUUCUCGCUUUGAUGGACACUGGUACCCCGAAGCCCCUCUCAGAGGUUCUGCUUUUCGCUGCAUCCACUUGGGAGUGCCGAGGGACCCGGUGGUGGAGCUGGCCGCCAAACGAAGUGGGCUGGACACGGAGGAGGUGCGCGCGAACGUGCCCGCGGAGCUCAGCGUGUGGAUAGACCCUUACGAGGUGUCCUACCAGAUCGGAGAGAAGGGGCAGGUGAAGGUGCUCUACCUUGAGGACCCCCCGGGCCUUGGUUGUGACAGUGAGAGGGCUGAGGGUCCGAUGAAUGAGGGUCAAGGGGACGUGGAGGCCGAGGAGGCCAAGAACCUCGGCUUUAACCCUGACGCUCAAGUGUUCGUUCCAGUUGGGAGUCAGGCGUCUCCUGCCCUGCUGCCGUCCCUCUCCAGCUCCCCCACACCUCUGUCUGCUCCUCCUUGUCCCGGYCUCUUCAGCUACCCCAACUCCAGCACACCCACAGACCCCGGGGUCCACUCCUCCAAUACCUCCACUCCUUCUCCUCCCAGCGGCGUGCUGCCCUACCUCUCCACUCAGCAGCUGCCCUCCACUCUGGCUCCCACCCGCCCGCAGCCCAUCACUUUCACCACCGCCAGCUUUGCCGCCACGAAAUUCGGCUCCACCAAAAUGAAGAAGUGCAGCGGGGCCGGGUCGGCAGCCGGCUCCGGCGUCAUCGUGCCGCCGCCCCAGAGGCUGCUCUCCCACUCUCCCACCACCGUCUUGGCGCCGGAGCUGCUUAAGCACAAGCCCCUGUCUCUGUCGUUGCACUCGCUCGGCGGUCCCGUCCCCAGCCAGCUCUCUCCCAGCGCCAAAGAGUUCGUCUACCCAGGGUCCCCGGGCCCCCUUUACUUUGACACAGACACCCAGUCCACGCAGCCUCACGCCAGCCACCUUCAGCACACGGUCGGCGCGAACCCGACCUUCGACCCGUUCUCCAGCCCCCCCGCUCAGAGCGUGGGCAUCAUUGGCGGCAGCGGAGGAAUCUCGUACAUGGAGAAGCCUCCGUUUGUUGACGGUUUAGGAAGCUACAGUCUGCAAUAUCCCAGCCAGUCCUUCCAGCCCGUUGUGCUGGCCAACUAAGCCUCUAUUUGUAAUAAGAACUGGUUAAAGGUGAAGUUGGACGAUGCUCCAUAUUUUCAGUUUUUCUAACAAGUUGUUCUAAUGCUAACAAAUGUCAGGAAUUUUAUUACAAAGAUUAAAAAAACAUAUAGAAUUUAUUCUGCUGAAUAUUUUGUGUUUUUGAAUUUAUGAUUUAUGAUCCCCUCGGUUUCACCCUCCCUGUGUCCAGUGUUGUUCCUUGUCACUUUCUCUGCAUCAUCAUCAAUAAGAGAGGGUGGGGGUGAGUUUCUUUCUCCUUGUUUUUUUUUUUUUGCGUUCUUGCUGAUCACUAAUUUUUGAUGAAUGUUAACGAGGGAGACAUUUCUGUUCUUGACUCYCACUCUGAUGGACUCAGCUACAGCUAUAGCUCCAUUUUUAACUGCACUGUCAUGCUGUGAAACAGGACUUUGCCAAGUCCUGCAGGGAACYACUGCUGUGGAAAACUCAGCACUUUGCUCUGCAAUCUGCUCUGCCCUACUUGCCACAAAUACAGAGGAAGGAGGAGGGGGCUCUUUGUCUUUGCGUGCAGUCCUGCUCUGUUUUUGUCAUGGCUCGAUCGAGGGGCUGCUUGUUCGUGCGAUGGGACUGUUAUCUUUUAAUGGUCYAACGUCGAAAACCAGUAAUCGUUGGCGUGGAACGUUCGUGCCACCGGGGUUUAAGUGKUGCGAGAGCAGGAAGGGCAGCAUCGCUGAGUUGGAACGUGACAAUGAAGAAUGUAUCGUAGCUGCUAAGAAAAAUGCUCAGUGUUGGGGGGUGGUGGGGAGGGCAGGUGUUGGAGGAAGCUUUUAUGAAUGUGAUCGAAUUGAUUUUUUUAUGCUAGCCACGUGCUGAUACCUCAAUCAAAACACGCAGGGAAAUGACCGGACAUUAAAGACGCUUCACACAUUAAUGUGCACACCCACAGUAUUCCAGUCAGCAGUGUGUGAAGGUGAACAGGCGGCGAGGGAGGGGGGUGCAGCAGCUAAGCAGUAGGGAUUGUGGUAAAUGGCUUAGCAUGYCUUUGACGAUGGAGAGGUUUUUCCUCCUUGUAGAAAGGUGGGAGGGAUGUUUUGUUUUUGUUUAAAAAAAAGGGAAGAAGGGAGAGAAACUUCUAGAUGAUUCUGUCGCCUUUGUGCCGACCAGGAUGUGUUGGGCUUGAAAAGCAGCGCAUUAAAACUCCGAGCACGUUCCUGGUGAGGUAAAAUGGUCUCAAAGCCAAAGGCUUGCACUAUUCUCUGCCUCUUCUUGAAAUUCUCCAGCAGUCUCUGUCAAGCUGUUUGCAGAGAAAGGAAAAAGAAACAAAAACCCAAGUCCGUCUCUGCCCAGCUGCAGUGAUGCGAACAAAGAAAAUAAACUUUUCUCCAGGCGUGCAGCUUUUAURAGACAGCUCAUCAGAUAUCUGAGACUAACGUUGUAUAUUUAACAGCCGGGUCGUCGUCGAUCGGUCACUACAGUGGACAUCCACAUGUUCAGCUGUUCAGGCACUUUAUUACUGAUGUCACCACAGCCAUCAGCGCUAAAACCCUCCUUUUAACCUCUGCCUGGUUGUUGCACAUUUUUAUUGUUAAAAAUCACUUGGAGAUUAACAAUAGAAGCUAAAACUUCAUUACAUGGUGUCAGGAUAGCAGAAAGGUGUCAGACCUUUUUAUUCUUAGCUUCAUAGCUGUUUACUUGAAUAUUUCCCACAUUUGAAGUUUUAUUUUGUUUUUCAUCUCAAUGAGGACCCCUGUUGGUUCUGUAAUGUAACAUGUUAUUCAUAACCUUGAACUCCUGUUUUUGUUUUCCCAUAUCUUCAAAAAGGUACGUUUCUUUAAAAAUAUUUUUGAUAAUUAUUUUCCUAAUUUUCUAUAUAUUUUUUGUACUUUUUUUUUUCAUUUCAGUUGAAUGUGAUAAAAGAAGUGGUGACAGGAUUGUGUAUAUAAAUUUAAAUUUGUUUGGUUCUGAUUGGUUUUUUUUCUUUACAUCCUCGAUUUUCUUUUUUUUUCUUUCCAAAAAUGAAUAUGCAAAGUGAGACAAAAUAAAGUUGUACGGAAUAAAGUA